AUGGCAAUGGUGCCUAAACUCUUUCCUUUAGUCUUAUAUGCACUCCUCUUUCUAUCCCUCCAGGUGGCGAUAGGGGAGAUACCAUCGUCGUCGUCGUCACCCUUUAGCUUCAUCAAACCCUUACAGGGAUCCAAGAAAGGAGAUGAAGUGAAAGGGUUGUAUGAACUCAAGAUAUAUCUCAAAAGAUUUGGUUAUAUCAAUAAUCUCCCCUACAACAACACAUCUCCUGAAGCCAAUUAUUUCUCCGAUCAACUCGAAUCCGCGGUGAGAACAUUUCAGGCCAACUUCAACCUCAACUCCACCGGAGUUUUGGACUCCAACACCGUAUCACUGAUGAUGAAGCCCCGAUGUGGAGUGCCGGACAUCAUCGGCCGCCGGCACCGUCUGGUGCCGCAGUAUUCUUUCCUUCCCGGCAAUCCCCGGUGGCCGGACGACAAGAACGCGCUCUCAUACGCAUGGGGGGACGGCACUCCCUAUGAAUUUGUCACCUCCACGAAGGAGGCCUUACAACAAUGGUCUGGAUGGACUCGUCUCUCAUUUAACGAUCAAACAGACUACAAUAAUGCAGAUUUAAAGUACCAUUUGUUCGCCGGCGAACAUGGCGACGGGCAGGCGUUUGACGGCCCCGGAGGAAUCAUUGCCCACUCGUUUCAACCCACUGAAGGGAUUUGUCACCUUGAUUCAGAAGAAAGCUGGGCACAAGUUGGUCCAUAUUAUCCCUACGGUGUGGACAUACAAUCUGUGGUCACGCAUGAAACCGGACACCUUCUUGGACUUGGGCACUCUGGAGUUGAGGCAGCCGUUAUGUAUCCUUAUAUUGGGUUUGGUGAGACCAAAAGAGUCCUUGACAACGAUGAUAUUCAAGGAAUUAAAGCUCUUUAUCCUUAA